UAUCAUGUUUAAAAUUUAAUUUGACCUUUCAGGAGCGUUUCUUAUACCAUAUAUGAUUUGUCUGGUCACGUGUGGAGUUCCUCUGUUUAUGUUAGAGCUAGCUCUUGGACAAUACAUGAACAUAGGCAGUGUUGAAUCUUGGUCCAGACUUGUCCCAGCAUUCAAAGGAAUAGGCGUGGCUUCGUUUACUGUUACUUUCCAGAUGAAUAUUUAUUACAUCAUUAUACUGGCUUGGGCCGCCUACUACCUUGUGAUGUCCUUUACUUCCACCUUACCAUGGUCACACUGCAACAAUGAGUGGAACACAGAGAGAUGUAUUUCAAGAUUGAAUGUUACUCUGAACGAUUCUAUAGUUACUGCUAACAUAUCAAAGGUGCACCGAGUCGUGGACGCUGUCGAAGAAUUCUGGGAGAAGAAGAUUUUACAUAUCUCUGGCGGUGUUGACGAACCAGGAAAGUUGGUUUGGGAGCUAGCUGUAUGCCUUCUUGUCGUAUGGAUUCUCGUGUAUUGCUGUGUAUGCAGGGGAAUAAGAGUUAGUGGAAAGAUUGUGUAUUUCACUGCUUUAUUUCCCUAUGUGAUUAUUACAAUUCUACUUAUCCGAGGUAUUACAUUAGACGGAGCAAGUGAUGGUAUUUAUUUCUACCUAAAGCCAGAUUUUUCAAGACUGACAGACCCACAGGUGUGGGUCGAUGGAGGAACUCAGAUUUUCUUCUCCUAUGUUCUUGCAACAGGUGUUAUUAUUACCCUUGGAAGCUACAACAAAUACGAGAAUAACUUCUACAGGGAUAGUUUCAUCAUAGCCAUUAUAAAUAGCAGCACAAGUUUCUACGGCGGAUUUGCUGUGUUUUCUGUCUUAGGAUUCAUGGCAAAGGAACAAAACGUUUCCGUCGAAGAAGUUGUCAAGUCAGGACCAGGGUUAGUAUUUAUUGCUUAUCCAAAGGCAAUUACUGAGAUGCCGUUGUCACCUCUAUGGGCGAUUUUGUUCUUUUUAAUGAUUUUGAUGGUAGGAUUUGAUAGUCAGUUUGUUGCAGUUGAAGCUUUGUUGGCUCCAAUAAUUGACGCUUACCCAAAAUAUCUUUACAAGAAGCGGAACAGGAUGAUCCUUACGGCUGUGUAUUGUACUUUCUCCUUCCUGGUUGGCUUAUCUAUGAUAACAGAGGGCGGUAUGUAUGUGUUUCAAUUGUUUGAUUACUACUGUGCUAGUGGAUUGGUCUUACUCUGGAUAUGUUUCUUUGAAGCUGUAGUCGUCGCUUGGUGUUUUGGACAAGAACGAUUCCAGGAAGCUGCCGAGUUAAUGAUUGGCCGAAGAUUUCCACUGUGGUUUUUUAUAUGUUGGAAAUAUAUAAUACCUGUUUUAACUUCGGCAAUUUUUCUCUUUUCCAUUGUAUCGUUCAAACCGCUUACAUACAAUAAGACGUACAUAUAUCCAAGAUGGGCUCAGGGAGUUGGGUUUUGUAUGGCUCUGGUAUCUAUGAUUUGUAUUCCAAUCAUAUUCGUUUAUAAAAUGAUGACAACUAGGGGAUCCUUAAGAAAGAAUGUGAACCAGUUUCAAGAGGCUUGUGCCAUACUCUCAAAAGCCUACGGUGAAACUGCUAAAGAAUGUGCAGAUGCCUACUUCUGUUAUGGACAAGCUUUGUUAGACUUGGCUCGAAUGGAGAAUGGAGUGCUGGGAAACGCCCUUCAAAAAAGAUAUGGUUAA